AGGACGUUUCAGCUUCGUACCUAUCCUACCCUACUUUCCCAGCUGAUUGUGUUUCCUCCUCUAUCUUUCGUAACAACAACAAACCUGCCGGCGUCAUUAUUCAUCUCACUUCUUUCACUCUUUCGUAAACAAAACAAAAAAACUGCUAUUCUCUUUUGUCAGUCUUAUUUGUAUAGUUUGGACUGUUUGGAAAGAAAAUCUUCAAGACUUGGGCAUGGAAAUCGUUUGGUCCGAUUUCAGUGAAAGCUGUCCAAUACUCAAAGAAUGUUUGGACUCCUCGGAUUUGGCCAAAGAGACGGAAGACACAUUGGAAUACAUUUAUGAAGUGCUGUGGAUUGAAAUUGGAUCAUUUGUUCGCAGCAAAUUGGCACCGACUUUUUGGUCAUGCUUCAAACACAAUCAGACUUUGGCAAAAUUUGAAAAAGAUGGUGGAAGUGCUGAAGCUUUGCAGCAGCAAUACAAGCUAUUUACGAAUUUUGUUAAUGCGGUGAAAAGUUUGGAUGCCUAUUAUCAAUUUGUCAGGACAAGUCUGGAGAAAUUGGAUGGCAUUUGUCAACGAGCGGAUCAUGGCAAAUCAUUGGCGAAACUUAAUGAGCUAUUGCGUUCUGCAUUGCUCUCCCAACUGCCAACACAUUUUAAUAAUGUGGUCUAUUCGUUUUAUAGCGUUUCGUUUAGGGUUUUCUUUAAUUUGCAUCAGUCCACCAGCAUGGGGCAGGAUAAUGAGGACUUGGAUGAAUCUGGCAUGCCGUGCAAGGGCUGUAACCAGGAAUUGGAAAAAUGCCAAUGUCAAAGUUUACUGCAAACCAUCAAUGAAGUCAAUCAAAAAUUGGUGGAUUUGGAGCUAUUGGACCGUCUGGCUGGCCAGUCCAUGACAUUUUUGGUACAGCAACGCAUUAAAGAACACAUUAAGAAUACCUGUCACGGUAUAUUUGAUAGAAGCCACUUGAAGAAUUUAUUGACGUGGCUGGAAGAUGUGGUAAUUUGCUGGCUAAUGCAGGUAUUCCACAGCAAAGUAUCUGCUGAUCCAGAUGCCAUGCACACAGAUGAUGGCUCCAAGUCAACGGAUGUCAUACAAAGCCUAAAAGUCAAACUGACUUUUUAUGUCUACGAAAAUUAUGCCCUCAGUGUCAUUGAUCAGUUCUUUAGCAUUAUCAUAGAUUUUCCCGAUUCCAUACCGGCCAUUGAGGAUCUUAAGAUUUGCAUGGAAAAAAUCAAUUUGCGACGCCAAAUUAUUAAUACCUUAAAAUCUUCCUUGGAGGCUCGCAUCUUACAUCCGGGUGUCAAUACCAUGGAUAUUCUGACUGGCUAUGUUGCUGCCAUCAAGGCCAUACGUUAUUUAGAUAGCAGUGGUGUCAUCUUGGAGACUGUAACAGCUCCCAUUAAGGAGUAUUUGAGGAAACGUAGUGAUACUGUACGUUGCGUGGUAACUAGUUUAACAGAAACUGAAUCCGGUCCCACGGAUUUGUCAGAAGAACUGGCCAAAGGUGAUGCUGUCAAAGAUGGCACAAAAGGCAAUGUUAACGACGAGUUAAGCAAUUGGGAAAAUUGGCAACCGGAUCCAUUUGGUCUGGACAAUACAGUGCAAACGCGUACUGUUAAGACAUCUCGCAGUGCUGAUAUUAUUUCCAUGGUUGUGGAUAUCUAUGGCAGCAAGGAGUUGUUUAUGAGUGAAUACCGGAAUCUGCUGGCAGAUCGUUUGCUCACACAAUUGGAAUUUAAUCCGGAAAAAGAAAUCAGAAACUUGGAGUUGUUGAAGUUAAGAUUUGGCGAAUCAUUGCUGCACAAUUGUGAGGUAAUGCUCAAAGACAUUGCCGAUUCGAAACGUAUAAACAGUCACAUACACAGUGAUACGAAAUAUGUGGAAAAUAAACAAUUUGACAUCUCCUCUCUGAUAAUAUCAGCCCAAUUUUGGCCCUCAUUUAAUAAGGAAAGUGUGGAAUUGCCCGAAGAAAUUGCCAAUGAGUUUCAGAAAUACACCAAAUCCUAUGAAGAGUAUAAAGGUAAUAGGACCUUGAAUUGGCGCACAGUUACGGGCAAGGUGGCAAUUAGCAUCGAAUUGGGCGAUAGAGUAUUGGACAUGACAGUGGCUCCAACACAGGCGGUGAUAAUUUAUCAUUUUCAAAAUAAAAAUGAAUGGUCCUUGGAUGAUUUAAGCACAUUGGUGAAAAUCCCACCCUCGGUCCUAAGACGGCGCAUGGCCUUUUGGCAAUCCCAUGGUAUUAUUAUUGAAUCUCAACCUGGUAUUUAUAAACUAAUCGAGGAUGAGUUGCCCAAAUCCCAGUUGGAGAAAUUGCCAAUAAAUGAAAUCAUCACCGAGGAUGAAGAUAAUGAAUCGGCCAUGGCAAGUGCUUCGGAUCAACGGGAAGAAGAGUUACAGGUCUUCUGGUCCUAUAUUGUGGGCAUGCUUACCAAUUUGGAUUCUCUGCCCAUUGAGCGAAUACAUCAAAUGCUCAAAUUGUUUGCAUCCAAUGGCUUGGGUGUUGAAUUCACUCAGGAUGAUUUGAAAGAUUUCCUGCAACGAAAAGUGCGCGAUCACAAGCUAAUCUAUUCGGGUGGGGUAUAUCAAUUAGCCAAAUGAUUUCCUCCUCUAUGAAUAUGUAAUUUUAAGUCGUUUUUUUUUUUCAAUUAAGAUAAAAAAACAAAUCUGUAAUAAUAAAUCCCAAAAGUGAAUUGACAUAAAA